AUGUCACGUUCCAGGAAGGCACAGCGUGGCCAGAAAGUUCCUUUUCAAGAGCCGGCGCCUAAAACAAUGGCGAAAAAGGCGACGAAUACCCAUUCAGCCUCCCUUUCGGGAUCUUGUGGUAGCGGGAGGAACUCGAAAAGACCGAAAAAGAACACGAGAAUGGAAAUGGCAGCGCCUGUUUCCAACGCGGAAUGCGACAAUUUACAUGAGAGAUCGCUUAUGCCUCUGCAAUCGACGCAUGAUUCCUUGGAGACAAGCGAUAGUCUUCCUCUGGAAUUGUCAUUACAGGCAGUUUUGAGAGCUAUUUCUCCAACUCCCAAUGAACGGGAGUACGCGCGACAGGUGUUUUAUGAUAUGAAUGCGACUCUUUCGAGUUUGGAUUUGUGCGUGGAACUGUUUGGAAGUUGGUGUACCGGUCUUUGUAUUCCGAGCAGCGAUAUGGAUUUUGUUGCCGUGCAAAAAGGUGCCGAAAUGUCUCCAAACGGUGACUCUAGUGGAAUUGAUCGGAAUAGGGGCAGCAAGCACAACAUGAGCUCCAAGCUGGAACGCGUGCUAUCGGAAAAUCUCAUUGCUUCUAAUAUGACGAGAGGCGAGCGUCGGAGGCUUUAUUCAGGAGCUCUGCGUGCUGUUGGUAAUAAGUUGCGUUUAUCUUCAGCCUUCGGCGGCAUUCAACACAUUGCUCAUGCCAAGGUGCCUAUUGUAAAGGCGGUCCAUCGCGGUGGGAAGAAGGUGGAUAUUUCUUUUUUAAGGGACGGUGUGUUAUCUUCUCAUUUUCUUUGCGAGGAAUUUAAAAAAGAGCCGUUUUUUCUUGCGCGCGGCAUUAUUAUUUUAGUGAAGGCGCUUGUGGCAAAUUGGUUCCUUGACGACCCGAGUGUUGGCGGCCUGGGAUCAUUUCCCAUAUCAAUCAUGGUCCUGUGGUUCCUCUAUGCUGAGGUAGCUCAGCAAUAUCCACCGGAGUUUAGCAAGAGCUAUGCAAUAUGUCUUGUCGGAUUUCUCAAGUACUACAGUAUGCAGUUUGACUACAAAUGCACAGGUAUUGACUACGCCAAUAAACGGACGUUUGAAAAGGCGGCAACAUCAGAGUUGUGCAUCAUGAAUCCAUUGAACCCCGGUGCUAACUGUGCCGUGGCGGCAACACUUUUUGGUUCUCAUGUUGUACAUAAAUUUCUCGAAGCGUACACGCUUUUUUCUAAACUGUUAGAAUUUACUUCCGAUGUUGCCUGCGUGGAGAGGGCCGUGUUGCAAGCCUUUCACCGCUCCAUUACUCUCGUGGGUGGCCAAGCGACGCUGUGGAAGCAGCGGGAGAAGAAGUGCCAAACAAUUGAAUCAGUGGAUUUGCCUCAACAUCUCUGGGAGGAGGGGACGCUGUUUUACAUUGGCGAUCCCAUGGGCCGCUGA